CAUAAAAGCCGGUCGAGCGGCCCCCGUCCCCUCCCUCUUUUCUCCCCAACUUGCAACCCAAAGACCGCAUCUGCCACCACCAGCAGAAGCCACCACCAACCGCCAACCACCAACCAUCAACCCCCAUCUUCGGCCGAUCACCAAGAUGGACGCAGUCCAGGCUUCGGCCUCAACUCUCUUUUCCCUCUCCGCUACGGACCUCCAUAGCGCUACGUCUGCCCCGGCGCCUGCGACCGGUAAGGUCGUUCGGUCGACGCCGACCCCCGGUGUCCCGUGGCUUGGCAUCCCACGGGACUUCCGGAGGUCGCUCCCGGACGACCUCACGGUGGUCAACUCUGUCCUUGGGACUUCGUUCCCCACCACCACCACCAAGAAGAGCGCGCGGGGGUGCUACCAGCCCCCCGACCUCUCCCGCCUCUCGGCGCAGCUCCUCCGUGAGGGCUGCCCGCCUCUCCACCAGUGUCUCCUUCGGGCGCCACUGGUGCCCAAUGGCCCGGGCCACUGGGACGAUACCCUGUCCCUGCGGCAGGUCGGCGCCAUUGCGGGCGCGUUGAAGUCGGUCCUUGAGGUUAGUUGCUGCUUGCCUGCUCAUCCGUCGCUAAGAGUCAUUGCUUUGGAUUGUUGCUUACUUCUUUCAAAACUUCUUCCUUUCCAUCUUCCGUGCGAUUCUUUACUUGAUGCUCAUCAGAAGAAGGUAACUAUCCAUCGCUUUGCUCUCGCAUCACACAUCCAUCGAACACACACCUAACCCUGCAUCUCCCCCUCUCCUCCUUACUUCCGCCUCACAGGACGAGGAGACGGCUCUCCUCCUCCAUGAAACGGCCGCGCUCCGGGCCUCCCACCUGGAGGAGAAGUCCCUCCUCGAGAAGGAGCGGGCCCUCCUUCAGGAGGAGAAC